CUUUACUUCUGGACUGUUGUGCACCCUGUCCUGAUCCCGUGCGCUGCGGGAAGCGAAUGGAGAAGGUCCAAGGAUAACAGAGGGUGCAGGAUUGCGCUACUGCAGAAGACCUGCCGGUAGUCCGCUGCCCGGGGGGGUUGCCUGUCUGUCAGAGGCGGUGGUGUCGCAUCCACUGUUUUCAUCACCCGACAUCGCGUUGCAUGGAUACAUCAUGGCUACGUUUCUAUGCAGGGUACAGUUCCUAGAUGAUACUGAUCCAUUUAACAGCACCAACUUCCCCGAGCCCACCAGGCCACCUCUGUACACUUUCAGGGAAGAUAUUCCUCUGAUCAAUCAGAUUGCUGGAGUCCACCGGCUGCUUAAAGCCCCGCAGAAGCCUGAUGACUGUGCCCUUCAGCUGUCCCAUAAUGGAAGCUACCUGGACCUGGAGGCGACCCUGGCCGAGCAGAGAGAUGAACUGGAGGGAUUUCAGGAAGAAGGAGGGAGGGGCAAGAAACACAGCAUUCUUCUUCGAACACAGCUGUCCGUCAGAGUUCACGCCUGCAUCGAAAAACUCUACAACUCAACUGGACGGGAGCUACGCAGAGCUCUCUUUUCCCUCAAGCAGAUUUUUCAGGAUGACAAGGACCUGGUGCACGAGUUUGUGGUGGAGGAAGGCCUGACGUGUUUGAUAAAAGUGGGCGCCGAAGCGGACCAGAACUACCAGAAUUACAUCCUCAGGGCUCUUGGUCAGAUAAUGCUGUAUGUGGACGGGAUGAACGGCCUCAUAUCUCACACUGAAACCGUCCAGUGGCUUUACACACUGGUUGGAUCCAAGUUCCGUCUGGUGGUGAAGACAGCCCUGAAGCUGCUGCUGGUGUUUGUGGAGUACACCGAGUCCAACACCACCCUGCUCAUCAAGGUCGUGAACAUUGUGGAUGCCAAAAGAGCAGAAACAAAACUAUGGUCAAACAUCAUGGAGAUCCUCGAUGAGAAGGAUGGAGUGGACACAGAGCUGCUGGUGUAUGCAAUGACACUCAUCAAUAAGACUCUGGCAGGCCUCCCAGACCAGGACUCAUACUACGACAUGGUGGACUGUCUUGAGGAGCAGGGCAUUGAAGCCAUGGCCCAGAGACACGUGAGAAGGAAAGGCACGGACCUCGACCUCGUGGAACAGUUCAACAUCUACGAGAUGACUCUGCGGCAUGAGGACGGAGACGAUGAAAGCCAGUUGCCUCCCAGCGUCCGUAAGGAGUGCAGAAGGGCCAGCGUCGGUGGCACUAACGAGAGGCGAGGCCUGGAGAGAAGACGCAGCCGAAGACAUUCGCUCCAGAAUAGCAGAGGCCACGCUUCUGCCCCGGCAUCACCGAGCAGCGCGCACACUCACGCAGGCAGCUUCCUGCCCUCCGGUGGCCAACGCGUUGAGGACAUCAGUGAGAGAGAAGAGGAAGAGGAAGAAGAGGAGGAGGAGGAGGGAGUGAAGGAGGAGGAUGAGGAUGAGGAGGACGAGGCAGAUUAUGAAAGUCAUCCAGUAACUGAGUCCUCUAGACAGGGCGCUCACAGUCUGACAGAUAUAAACAACUCUCCUACAUCUUACACAGCUAGAAAGCCCUGCUGGGCUGAAAGAAUCCGUGCCAAUGGCAGUCCGUACCCUGGCAGGCACAAGGCUCCGACAUCACCCAUGCAUCGCUUCACGACUUCAGCAACCUGCACACCAGAGGCCAGCGCAGCUGACAGACCUGCUCUAGGAGGCUUGCUCACUUCAUCGUACAGACAGCAUCAGGAGUCUCUGACUGCAGAGAGGGAGAGGAGACGCCUGGAAAGAGAAGAGCGUCUGCAGAGAAUCGAAAGAGAAGAGAGGAACCGCUUCAAUCGAGAUUAUGUUGACAAGAGAGAAGAAGCCAGACAAGCCAGAGAGGAAAGGUACAAGGCUGUGGAGAGGCGAGCCGCAGAGGAGUUUGAGCGAGAGCGCCCCAGGGUUGCAACGAGAGGACGGACGGAGAUCACGCUGUGUUUGAGUCCCAACCCUGCCGGCCGCUCUGCGUCCCGCUGUGUCACAACGUCAUCCAUCAUCUCGCAGGAAGGCACAGUCGCCACUGUACACCAGACAUCGGGAACAGAACAUAACCUUGACCCACAGACCAGAACCAAAAGUCCAGCGCCAGACUUAACAGAAUCAGAACCAUCCCCCACACCUCCCUCCGACCCUGACGCGCAGCCGACUGAGACAGAGGCGCCUGCAGAGACCGAGGAUGUUGCAGAGACUCAGGACGACCGGGAUGUCAUGGCAGCGCCAGCAUCAGAGGAACAGCCAGAGCAGGAGGAGCUGGAGGAACAGAAACAGGACACGGACAAGGUAGAAGUGGACGAGCCGGUCGAGGAAGCAGAGGUAGCAGACGUAGCAGAGGUGGGAGAGCCAGAUGUGGAGGUGAAUGUGGAGUUUGAGAAGGAGCAGCCGGAAAGGGAUGUCGAAGACGCUGCGCUGCUGAGUGAGAAGGAGAAACAGAACGAGGAAGUGAAUGAAAAGGACAACUGCUCUGCAUCCAGCAUCUCCUCCACAAGUAGCACUCUGGAGAGGGAGGAGCGGGAGGAGAAACUCACUAAUGACAUUGAAGCAGGCCAAUGGAAACAUUGCAUUAAAGACGCAGAUGUGAACGACCAGUGCAACAAAAUCCUCAACAGCAAGCGCUUCAUGCUGGACAUGCUCUAUGCUCAGGCGCCUACCGGCAAGGAUGAAGGGAACGUAGCAGAGACGGAGAAGGAAAACUGUAAAUGUGAGAAGGAUGCAGAGAUUAAUGACUCGUCUGUAGCAAGCUUGGCCAGCAGGAUCUCCACAUUGGAGGCUCACCGACAGGCCAGAGAAGAAAAUGUGAAAAAAAUGGAGGUGGGAGAUCUAGACAACCAGGGCAUUGUCCGAGCAGUGGCAGAGAAGUUUGGAGAUUUGGUGAAAGGCCUAACGUCCCCUCCGGAGGUCGAGGCCUCGAAAGAGCAGCAGCAGCACACUGACAAAUCAUCAAUCGCUGCCUCAACUUUACCCCCGAAGAAAGAGUCCGACUAUAUCUGGGAUCAGCUGAUGGCCAAACCUAGAGAGCUGAGGAUCAAAGAAAUGGACUUCACGGACCUGAGGGAUGAGGAUGACAUGGACAUUUUAGAUAUGGACAGUGUACUGGGGUCGGGUGACUUCAUACCACCACCUCCACCUCUGCCAUGUGAUGCUGCACUGCCACCACCCCCGCCCCUGUUUGGGUGCCCUCCCCCGCCUCCUCCUCCCAUCCUUGGCAAAAUGAUGCCCCCAGCCCCACCAUUCAUGGCCCCUAUCCCUCCGCCCUCCCCUCAGCUGAGUCGAGGGGAGAUGCCUCUCUUCCAAAAAAAAAAGAAGACCAUCCGACUCUUCUGGAACGAAGUGCGUCCCACGGACUGGCGAUGUAAGAGUCACAAAUUCUGUAAGGAGUCGCUCUGGUCCAAACUGGAGCCGGUUAAACUGGACACAUCCAAGCUAGAGCAGCUGUUUGAGUCCAAAUCCAAGGAGCUGCCGGUCACGAAGAAAGCAGUUGUUGAUGGUAAACGACAAGAAAUCAUAGUCCUGGACUCAAAACGCAGCAACGCCAUAAACAUUGGCCUGACUGUGUUACCUCCUCCUCGCACCAUUAAGACGGCUAUUCUCAACUUUGAUGAGUACGCACUGAACAAGGAAGGCAUUGAGAAAAUCUUGACAAUGAUCCCCACGGAAGAAGAGAAGCAGAGGAUCCAGGAGGCUCAGCUGGUCAGCCCCGACAUCCCCCUGGGCAGUGCGGAGCAGUUCCUUCUCACCCUCUCCUCCAUCACAGAGCUGUCUGCUCGCCUGCAGCUGUGGGCAUUCAAGAUGGACUAUGAGCUUAUCGAGAAGGAAGUGGCAGAGCCUCUGCAGGACCUCAAAGAAGGGAUGGACCAGUUAGAGAAAAACAAGACACUCCGCUACAUCUUGACCACAUUGUUGGCCAUUGGCAACUUCCUCAACGGCACCAAUGCUAAAGGCUUUGAGCUCAAUUACUUGGAGAAAGUCCCGGAGGUGAAGGACACAGUUCAUAAGCAGUCCCUGCUGCACCACGCCUGCGCCAUCGUGGUGGAGAAGUUUCCAGACAGCACUGAUCUCUACUCUGAAAUAGGAGCUAUCACCCGAUUGACCAAGGUGGACUUUGACCAGCUUCAAGACAAUCUGGCCCAAAUGGAGCGAAGGUGCAAAGCAUCAUGGGAUCACCUCAAGGUCAUUGCGAAGCACGAGAUGAAACCACCGUUGAAACAAAAAAUGUCAGACUUCCUCAAAGAUUGUGCAGAGAGAAUCAUUAUUCUGAAGAUUGUACAUCGAAGAAUACUCAACAGGUUUCAUGCCUUUCUGCUGUUCCUCGGCCAUCCGAUAUACGCGGUACGUGAGGUCAGCAUUCAUCGCUUUAGCAAGAUCCUGAGUGAGUUUGCCCUGGAGUAUCGCACAACAAGAGAGCGCGUGCUCCAACAGAAACAGAAGAGGGCCAACCACCGAGAGAGGAACAAGACCAGGGGGAAAAUGAUCACAGAUAGUGGUAAAUUCGGCGGUGCCCCAUCAGACUCACAGGAGGUUCAGGCUCAGGGUAUCCAGUAUGCUGAGGAUGCAGCUGAACAUGAGAGCAUGAAGGCCAUACUAAAGAGCAGCUUGCAGGGCGGAGAGAGUGCGGCGUCCACGGUGCCAGGCCUCCGCACACGCACCAGAGCGAGCAGCACCAGAGGGCGCGUGGCCCCAUGGUGCUCUGCCAGUGACGACCCAGUAAACUGCACAGAUGACACAGCUGAUGAGAUUAUGGAGAGGAUUGUAAGGUCAGCCACUCAGGGGCCCAGCCAGCGGACACAACCUCGGGAGAGGAGGCGGUCCCGAGCCAACCGAAAAUCACUGAGGAGGACGCUGAAGAGCGGUUUGACAACAGAGGAGGCAAACGCGCUCGGCUUGUCCAGUGGUUCAGAGAUGCAGGUGUGAGCUGGACACGCCGUCAGGACGUCCCGAAGACCUUUCCCUGCCCCUCCAACGCCGGCACCCAAACUGGCUACUCACUCUGGCUCGGCGCUCAAAUUCCCUCGCAGCUUCGAUGAGUUUGACCUCAUCUUCAUGCAUUUGGUUCACAUCGGCUUGACACUUCCGGAAGAGAGUGGACACAACGGUUUUUAUUCCUGAACUGUUGGUCAGAGAGAGCAGAACCACUAAAUGUUGCUGUUGCUGGAUAAUCACCGAUGACGCUCCCUCGCAAGACUAAAUCGCAUUCAUCCUUCCAACGUGACAUUGCACCCAAACACCUGUGCAACAGCGUCUCGCAGAAGGUGCAUCCAAACAGCUGGCCCAGACACUCCACUCCCUGCUGCUUCGUGUGAGUCCCAGCCUGCAGCUCCAGAGACAAAUAGAAAGAGAGGUUGCCUGUUGAAUGGAUGGCUUUGUGCAGAGGCGUGUUCUGUUGUAUACUACUGUGGUAGUUUCAUGUUUCUUUUCAUUUUGCUCAAGAAGGUGUUCAAAUAAGGAACAAUUGCACUGGAUGUAAAAGUAUGGUGUCAAAGGAAUUUGAAAAUCCUUGACACUGAUGAACCACUGACAUCUGAAAAUAGACUCAACAGUUUAACCUGCAAAUCAAUAGUUGCACAGUUUGUAAUUUCUAAUCCAAGUGGACACAUUCAAGCUUCAUGAACAUCGAAGGCUUUGUUGGUCUGUUAGUUGACUGGACAAGAAAUUUAGCAGAGACAUAUUUUAAAGAUCGCAGUGCCCAGUCCAGUUGUUCUCCGUGAGACUGGCGAGACCACUCGUUUCAUCGACAUUUUUAGCUUCAACAAAUGUGGACGAGUGGCGUAAUGCAACCUCUCGUCACUGCUUGAGUGAACAGCCGGAGGCGGUUUGAGGAAGGAAGGCACCGCGUCGCAAGUGAGCAAUCUUCAGAGAAACUAUGAGCUGCACAUCUCAGAGUGCCUUUCAGAGACAUUUAUUUAUUAAGAUGUUUUCAGGGACAUAUUAUCAAGAAAAUGUUGCUUCAGAUGUGCAGUCUGAGUGGCGAGAGGAUAAUACUGCAGUGUACAUCAUUCAAGAGCUGUGAUUUAUUUUAAACCAGUGUUUUUAGACUUGUCCUGGCAAAGAAAUGUUUUUUUCCAUGUUAUGUUUUGGAUCAAAUAGUAUGUUAUGAAGAUAGCUUUAAAAAUAUUUAUGACAAUUUAGGAUUGGUCAUGCACAUAAGCUGUAUCGUGUUGCCUUACUGUAGAAUAUAGAGAUGCAUUGUUCCACUCUAGUCGAGAUCUACGUCAAAUGUAGGAGUUGAAAAUAGACCAGGCCAAAUAAACAUGGAGCUCAACUGGCAUCACUGGAGAUCUUAGUUUGUUAUUCACAGGACGUGGCGCUUCAUUCCAUAACUAUGAAGAAGAACAUCGGGGGGGGGGGGUUACAUGACAAUAAAUAAUAUGGACAAAUAUAAAAUCACUUAUGUUUUAAAACAUGUACAUCUGUAUGUAUUGUAGUGAAGAAGACAGAGCCCACAGUUUAACAUGUUGAUUGUUUUUGGACUGUUGAUUGACUCAUUGUGCUACUAAUUAGGAAUGGCCGUGGCUAUGUUUAUCAUCAUAUUUCAGUUUAUAUAGAUACAUUUAUUCACUUGCAAAUUCACACUGUGAUGGAAAGAUGGCCAUUAAGAGAAACAAGAAUGUAGCGCAACAUUACGGUAAAGCGACAUAAAACCACACCAGCAGUAUGUUUUUUUGUUUUAAGAAUUAAGUGAAAACGAUUCAGCACCUUAGACUUUGUGUAGCAUGCAACUCUAAGAACUGAAGUUACGGAGGACGAGCUCAUUGUGUUUCCCAGAUUGUACUGAUUUAUGUCAGACAGAAUAGAUGUGUAAAAUAAUAUAGGGGGAACGCUGCAAAAUGAUGUACAUGUGAUGACAAUGUCUUUGUUUCUGUUGUUUUUGCUCCAUGUGUAGAAUAGUUUCAGACUAAAAGCAGUAUUAUUCGAAAUAUAAUUUAAGCAAACUAAGCCAUGACUGGUUUAACGACGCGUCUCCUGCUUGAUACAAAAGGAGGUUCACUGCUGUAGAGUUGGUGGUAUUGAACCGUUUUACUUCAGACUGUAACAAACAUGGUGAAACAUAUUCAUGAAAUUCACCUUUUAGUCCCGUGGCAACCCUUUGAUUUCAUUGCACUCAGCAUUUUAUUCUUCUAAUUUAACAUGAGCCCACGAGCUGCCUGUGUCAUGACGUCACUGUGGAACUUGACACAAGUGCAUUUCAACCGAGGCUUCUAUCGUGUCUAUGCCCACAGCAAAAAGAAAAACAUGUAACAAAAACAAUAAAGUCUCAUUAAAUCCAUUGACAUUUUUGAAGUAUCUAGUAUGGUAUGUUGAAUGCUUCCAUAAAAGGUCACAAAGUCAUAUCCUAGUAUGUCCAUCCUAGUUUAGUACGUCAUAACAAGUCUUUGCAUCGUGUGAACUGGCCAUGAGCUGCACCCUGUUCACUUUAAUUAAAAUUAAAGAUCUCGUGUUUGUCACUGUU